UACUAUUUUUCAGCCGUGGAGAAGUUGUUAUCGUCGAGCGCGGGUAAAUAUUGCGUCGGCGACGAGAUUACAUUAGCGGACUGUUGUCUGGUACCACAGAUAUUCAACGCACGAAGAUUUCACGUUGAUUUGAGACCAUUUCCAACGAUUCUGAGAGUGGACCGUCAUUUGGAACACCAUCCGGCCUUCACUGCGGCUCAUCCCAACAAUCAGCCCGACUGUCCGCCCGAGGCGACCAAGUAGCAAGCGAGGCAGACCACCCUCUUCCUCUUCUAAUCUUUUAGGAGGGUGAAAAGAGGUGGUCUGACAUCAUAUAGUAUCAUAAUGAUAAAAGGUGAACAAAUUCCAUUGCAUUUAUUAGUAUAUUUGAUUUU